UCCCUCACAGUUCUAUUGGACUCUCCAGCUGCACUUGUUACAGCUCCUCUCAUCACCUUCAUCACGGCACCAGCGUCUUCUUCACCGAACCGAAAACCAACGAUGUCCGGCAUCAUGAAAGUCUUUCUGCUCCUGGCUGUCAUGUUCUGCAUCUCUGAAGCCCAGUUUGAUCACACAUCUGGGAAUCAGUGUCUGUGUACAAAUGUCCAAAAGGGAAUUCAAAGUGGGACAAAAAUGAAGGACAUCCAGAUCCAGAUCUACCCACUUACCGCCUUCUGUGACAAAGUGGAGAUUGUGGUCACCAACAACAACGGCCGUCGCUACUGCCUGAACCCCGAGGUGAAGGCGGUGCAAAGACUCAUCGCUAGGAUGAUCAAACCGGCAGCCUCUGAUACAACCAGACCCACCAACACCACCUCCAGCAGCAGCACAGCUCACAUCUGAGUCUUUAUGUCCUCUGAUCAUUAUGAGCACCAGAUGACCUCUGACCCCCACCAAACAAAGGCAC